CUUCAAGAAUGCCAAACUGACUCUGAAGAGUUAAUUUACCAAGCGCCAUCAGCAUGCAGUGCUCCACCAGAUUUUUUAAUAACAAACAACCAGCCACAACAAAGUCAAGCAGUGGUUGCCCAAACACCGUCAUCAGUAGCAGAAUCACAACAGAAUCAACAACAAUCUAAACCAGUGAAAGCUGUGAAGGUCAAGGAUCAUCAAGUUAAGGAAAAAAUGAGUCGAGAAGCAACCGAAAGACUUCAAAAACGACACAGUAUAGCAACAACACGUCAUUUGGAAGCUCUUGAGGAGAAUCGUGUUCAUCUCGAUGAAUUCACAUGUGACGUUUCAGUCGAAGAUUCAAAUGAGAAACCGCAGCCUAUUCAAUUCUCAUUCACAUUAUACGAUCUUGAUGGUCAUGGUAAAAUCACCAAAGAUGACAUCGCUGGUAUUGUGUCAACGAUUUACGACAGUAUUGGAAAAACAGUUGUGGUGCCACAUUAUGGUAAAAAAACGAUAAACGUUAAACUUACAGUGUCGCCUGACGCAAAACAACAGCAACAACAACAACAGCAACCGGCAACAAAUGAACACAUUCAUCAGCAAGAUCGCACGAGUAAAAAACUUCAAUUAACACCUCGACGGCGCUAUAGACCGCGCGCACUUCUAAGUGAUGAUGAUGACAGUGAGUCAACAUCUGAUAAUCUUGCGCCAUUUCCAAAUGAGGUCGUCAUCAACAAUAGUAUGAAAGCGAGCGAAAAUCUUAACAAUGAUAAGAAUAACAUGUAUGAGUCGAUAAAUAACUUAAAGUGCUGUAAUCAAUCGAACACGAUAGACAAUUUAUUUACGACAAAAAAUAAUAAAAAUAUUGAAAUUUAUAAGAAUUGUCAACCAUGUUAUUCACCCGAAAGAUUACAUAUUCAUGAAAAUAAUGUUAAUUAUGAUACAAAAUGUCAUAAAAAGCAUAUUCCAAAUUCGAAGAAGAAGCUUCUAAGGAGAUCAAGAUCACGGAGACAUCAACGAUCAUCGGAAGUACGAGUUCGAUCUCUUUCUGUUGGAAAUGAUCAUAAAUGGAGACGACAGCAACAAGUUGAUGAGAAGGAAACUGAAUUUAUUUCAUCAAAAGAUUGCAAACUUAAUAAUGGAACGAAUCUUCGUCGUGAUGAAUUAAUUGAAAUUAUAAAAGACAGCAUGGAGAAGAAUCGUUUGUGUUUUCAAGGAAACAGGAAAACUGAGAAUGUCAACGGCACAAGUCAAAUGAGACAACGUUCAAAUACGGUGACAUGUACGAAUAAAUUGAGCAUUUCAAACACUCAUUGUAAUGACACUGAACAGCAUCUUUGUGCCUUUGACUCAUUUCUUCAUGCCACAAUUUGUUCUAAUGCUCAUGUAACGUCGCAAAUAGAAUCAACAAAAAUUGUCGCUUCAAAAAUGAACAAUCGUAAUCGAAUGAAGCAAAUGAAUCAAUCAAUGCCACCAGCUUUAAAAUUAAAAACUUCAGUAUUGAAUCACUUAAAUCCGAAUCUCACACCAGAACAGAAACUCACGAGAAAGUUAAAUGAUGUUGAGAAAUGGCUGCUUGAACGUGAUACAACGACGCACAGUUAUAAGAUUGAAAAUGAGGGAAAAAUUCGUUCAAAAGAUGACAAAAAUAUUCUCAAUCCAAUUGUUGUUGAUAAGUUGUCAGCACAAGCGACAUUAACGCCGAAAAAAGUCUUUAACAAGGAACUUUUAUUAUCAAAGAAGUUAAAACCUUUGGGACAUCAAUCAAAGCAACAGAAAGAAGUUAUUAAUAGUUCUAAGAAUCAAAUAAUUCUUGAAUACUCAAAUGUGCCAGUACCUGGUGAUGUGUCCGAGUGUGAGAAUCUUCUCAUCUCAGAUGAUGAUCAAUCGCAAGCACCAACUGCCAUUCUUGUAAACAAUAAGGAAACAAAUGAUGUUGAACCAGAAGCAGUAACACCUUCAAACGCAUCAGAUUCAACAACAAAAUCAUCGUCUGUUCGCUUCGUUCAUAUUCAUCAUCAUUUCUAUCAUUUCAAUGAAAAAAAUGAACAAAAUUAAUAAUACAUUUUGAUGAUGUCUUUUAAUCAUCGUUAUUGAAUUUAUUAAAUGUUUAAAGUCCAAAUAAUGGGAUGAACAUUUUGCCUAAAUGUGCGAGCUUAAAUUUGUGUCAAUAUGUAAGAAAAGAUUUAUAAAACACUUUACAAUUUUUUAAUGAACGAUGAAUGAAUUUGUGCUUUAAAAAUGAUCAAAUAUCUAAAUGUGAAUUAAAUUGGCACAGAAUUAUUUUCGUGACAAAGAACAACUUUUAAUAAGAAGUUAAGCGAAUACAAAAGACUGAUUUCCAAUCAAUUUGUUGAUUAUUUUAAUUUAUUUGUAUAAUGAAGAGUAGAACAUUUUGUUCCAUUUUCCAUGUUAAUUGCUAUUAGAAAAUGUUGUGGGUGGAAUUAAUUUACUUCGAAUAAAGUAACUGAUAUGAAUUACCUGCUCAAAAUAUAUAUAUACAUAAGUUCUUAUCUCAGGAUCAAUUAAUCUUAAUUAUCUAGAUGUUGAAAAUAGUUUUAUUAAAUGUAGUAGUCGUACUUAUGAUUUGUAAAUAAUGAAUUCGCAGGAAUAUUUAGACAACGAUCAAAUAUAAUCAUAAUAAAUAUAUUGUCUCCUCAAAGUUACUUGCAACAUAAAGUAUCAAUCAUUUUGACGGUAAAUUUCCCGUUUAAAAGAACAUUUUUAUCGUGAAUAUUUGUAGGGUUCGACCACAUUGAUCGCUCCCAAUUCCAUAGAUUGUCCAAAUCUAAUCAAUUUUAUUUGAAAAUGUUCUCAAAUAUAAUAUUCAAUUAAAGUCUUGAAUAGAUAUUUAUUAAGCAACUGAAAAAUAAAGGAAACCCGUUAUCAAUUUUUAAAUCUAUUUUAUUAAG